AUGUCAGCACCUGGACCUGCACCGAAAGCGAACCGACGAUCGAGGAAGAGAAGGAGGAGGCAAGCAUCUGAGUCUUCGUCUUCUUCGGAUGACUCAUCAAGUUCAGAUGAAGAGGUCGCUCCUCCAAAACCUGUUGUCCAAGCGAUGCAUGUAGAUGGCUCUUCCUCCGCAUCAUCUUCUUCAUCAUCAUCAUCCUCGUCUUCGUCAUCAUCCUCUUCUUCUUCUUCAGAGUCCGAGUCAGAUAGCGAAUCCGACUCAGACCAUGAAGCCCAAAUACCAAAAGCUGGACCUUCGACAUUGAUAAAACCCCCAAAAGAACGAAUCAGAUAUCCUACGAAUUCACCUUCUCCUCCUCCAGUAGAUAUACCUUCCUUCCUCACUUCCAAGAUGAAAGGUAAAUCAUCGAAUGAAGAAUAUGAAGAGAGAAGAAAUAAGUUUAGGACUGUUUAUAUGGAUAAAUUAGUUGAGGGUUUCGGAGGUGAUUUGGAAAAGAUGCGCGAGGCAGAUCCUACGAUGGGACCGAAAAGAUUACAGCUUCUUAUCGAUUCUUUAGCAUCUGGCAUCGAUAUAUAUAGCGAUCCGCAAAACCCAAAGAAUGGGAAUAACAAGGAUUCAGUGGACGAAGUGGGGUUACUGAUAGGGAAAUGA